GGAGCCGUGGUAGGGAUGGAAGGGCUGCGGGGGAAAGGGACCGGUGGCUAUUUCUGCACGUUCUCGCCCUUGGGUGAGGUAUACCCCGCCGAGUCAGAGCAGCUCCAUCGGCCACGGGUGCUGCAACCCACGCCCACGAUUUUGGGGCGAUUGGGGAGGUUUUUUUUGUCACUCUGGAGCUCGCCGCCCGCGGGGCGGAACUCUGUGUCCGGGGCAGCACGGAAGGUUUCCAGCGGCGGACGCGGCGGGGCCGGAAGGCGGCUGCGGCUCCGCUGGGGUGGCGGCAUGGCGGGCUGGGGGCGGCUGGCCCGGCUCGGCGGGCGCCUCUGGGCGGCGGCGGCGCCGGCUCCCGUUCCCGGACACAGGGGUCAGCUGGGCUUUGUAGUCAGACACAUCAACAGUUCAACAUGGUGGCACGAGCAUCUUUCUGAGGAGAAUGUGGAGUUCCUCAAGAAGAUAACUGCAGAGGAGUAUAAAGCUCAGACAGCCAGCAAGCUGUGCCCUCUGAAAGAUGAGCCAUGGCCACUGAAUAAGUGGACACCAGAUUCCAUCAGAGUUGGUGUUGUUGCAGUAAAACUGGGAAUGAUGCCAAUAUGGACCAAAUCAGGAGAAAAACAUGCUGUCACAUUACUUAAGGUCCAAGAUUGCCAUGUCUUAAGAUAUGUUUCAAAGGAAGAGUCGGGUGGAAAAACAGCUAAGCUGCUUGUUGGAGGCAAAAAUGUAUCUCCUUUUUCUAAACCAGAGUCUGCACAUGAAAUUUUUAGAGAAGCUGGAGUGCCACGGAAGCAGAAAGUUACAACAUUUAAUGUAACAGAUGAUGCCAUAAUUAAGCCAGGUACUCCUUUGUAUGCCGCUCACUUCCGCCCCGGGCAGUUUGUGGAUGUCACUGCAAAAACAAUUGGUAAAGGAUUUCAAGGUGUCAUGAAAAGGUGGGGAUUUAAAGGUCAGCCUGCAAGCCAUGGCCAGACAAAAACUCACAGACGACCUGGAGCAAUAUCUACCAAUCAAGCUGCCAAAGUUUAUCGUGGAAAGAAAAUGCCUGGUAAAAUGGGUAACAUCUACAGGACAUCUUUUGGAUUAAAGGUGUGGAGGAUCAAUACAAAACAUGACAUUAUUUAUGUAAAUGGGUCUGUUCCAGGUCACACCAAUUGCCUGGUGAAGGUCAGAGAUAGCAAAUUGCCUACUUACAAGGACUGCAAUAAAAACCCUCCAUUCCCUACAUUUUUUGCUGAUGGAGAUGAAGAACUACCAGAAGACCUUUUUGAUGAGGAGAUUUUCCAGUUCACAGAUCCAUCUGUCACAUUCGCAUAAUGUUCCUCGCAUCUCUGAAAACACAGUUUUGUUAUUUUCAUGUACAUUGCAAGGCUGUAUAAAAGUAAGCCUAUGAACUGCAGUCUGGCCAACUGACUUAAACACUUCAGGUAUUGCCAUUUUGGUCAGGUAAUCAGAUUUCCCACUGUCAGUCUCAAACCUGUACUUAAAGCAACAGGUUGGUCUGAGGGACAGAUUGUAAAGCACACCAAAAUGUGUCUUCAGUGACCUUUUGUGCUCUGUCCCAGGCUGUGAAAACCUACACAAUCCUGAAAAACUGUUGUUUUGAAGAUGGUUCCAGUUCAUUUUCUGAAUGUGAACAAAUUCUGUUUCUCUUUUAUGUAAAGUAUACUGGGCAACUCUGAUCAAAUCAGAAAAAGGUUCCAAAUCUGCCUUGGCAUCUGAGGUGGGGAGGAUCCAUGAAGAAUUAUCCAAAAUAAAACAAGAAAAUGCGUGAGCAUUGUUUUGCAGAAUGAGCUUGUUUUGCGUCCUUUCUUUAUCCAGAUCUCUUUCUCUCCUUUUGCCUUUGUGUUGUUUAAUGUAGCAGAUACCCAACAGAUUUUCUGGAGGAAGGGUGAUGGUGGCCAUGUGUAGGGUGAGGGAGUGUUUGGGUGGGAAACAUUCAGUAACAAAGCAGCACUAGGAAUGCAGAGACCACCUGUUUGUCACCUUUGCUAACAUCUUGUUCUGAACUUCACUGAGGGUCCCUUGUAUGCUCUCUGGAGAAGUCUCUGUGCAUCUACCAUGGUAUUUGUAUUGGAUUCUUAUGCUGUUACAGGAGAGCUAUUUCCAAGGAAAGAGGCCAAAUGUGAGGCAUUUGUCUUUAUGAUAGUGCUCAUUUUUUUCUUCUAUCCCACCUUUCAAUAGAAGCUGGGAUCAUGCCCCUUCUGCUUUUCAUUUUGCAUUAUUUACUAUUUAUAAGUUUGAUCUUUUGGAUUCUGUAGAUCUUCUCAUGUGCAGAAGUACCUUCAUAAGUGUCACUGCCAUCUGAGCACUUUACUCACAAGCCCUGCAGUAGUUCAAGAAUUUGCUUAGUGUUACCAUUAAUACCCUGGCAGUGCUCUCUGCUCAUCUUUGCAGCUUCAUCACAAGCUAUGAGCUCAAAGGAAACCACAGGUUUAUGGUAGUACACUAACUUGAACUCUUAUUAUAUCAGAUCAUAUUUCAGUGUGGGGAAAAUCACCAAAGUACUUCAAUUCCUGUUUCUUGGGUAAGAGAACUUUUCCCUUUCUGGCAUAAAAAGUGAAAUUCCAAUGAUCUGAUCAUGUUGCUCCGGAGAAUGACUGCAGCCAUUCAGACAAUACUGUAGUUAAUGUUGCCUUCCAUUUGUUCAGUUUUAAAGUGUCUGUUGAAACCAGUAUUCUGUCAGAGUAAUCUCAGCAGUUUUGAUUUUGAAAUGUGUGCUGGGUGUGAGCUGUGUGAUUUUUUGUGGUGCUGCUUAUUCAGGUCCCGUUUUUACUAAGAUGUGCAGGUGAAACCUUUUCCAUCUUUAUCAAGAGUGCUUGAACAUCAAAGACAAGAGCUUUCCAUAGCUCAGCUGCAAGCUGAUGUCCCAAAGUAUUUUCUGUAGAGCAGAAGCAGAGGGAGAUGGGUGAGAUCUGCUGAUGUGAGCUCAGAGUAGUGCAACUCAAACAAAAAACUUCCAUUUGACCCAUUCUUGCAUCAGGCAUUGGAAGGCUUGUGGUGUUUUAAUUUUCCUUAUUGUUUUCAUCUCUUUUUCUGCUCUACUGAGUAGAGAGGGGACUUUGAGUUGAGAAAGCCAGGCUGAAUUUAUUUCAAGGAGCAAAAUUGUUCAUAAGUGUAAUGACACCAAAUGCUUUAAGCCCACCUACAAGUUUGUUCUUAGAAAAGGUUAAGGAUGUUUAAUGAACUAUUUUUAGACAUUAUCAAAGGUGUUGAAGCUGAAUAUUUAUUCAUUGUGGCCAAAGGUUGUGGCUAAUGGAGAUGUGCUUUUAAGCUUCAAAUAAAAGACAAAAUCAGACAAAUAACAAGUCCUCGUGUCUCAGAUGAGCCAACAGUUUCUCAUGCAAAAGGAUGUGUUAAUUUUUUUGAAAAGGUAGACCAAGGGCUCUGUUGCAAGUAGAUGUAUCUGUGUGUUUUGUUGCUGUGUCUGAGUAAUGACAGUUUAGAGCCAUCAGGUAACAUAUUCUCAGGCAAGCAACAACAGCAACAAAAAUAAGUUCUUACUCCAUAUUACCUGUAGUUAUUUAAGGAGGAGGAACUGAACAUGUUACCAGAGCUCUGAAUCCUGUAGGACAACAUCCUACCCAAAGCUGGAAGCUGUUAUGGUGCCCAAGGAAGUAAUUGCUGGCAAGCUCUGCUGCCAGUGCCAUAACUUGAGAAGGUUGCUGCAAGGUCUCCCCAAAGAAUUCUCUCCAGGCUGAGCAACCCCAGCUCUCUCACCCUGUCUUCAUAGAAGAAGUGCUCCAGCAUCUGAUCACCUUUGUGGCCUUUUUCUGGAGUCAUUCUAGGAGUUAAUUCUGUGCUCUUGUGCUGUGGGCAAGGCACUGAUCUGGGGUUUGCAUGUCCAGGAGCUCAUUAACCCUCUCCUUAUGCUAUUGUGUUUGUUAGGGUGAGUGGGGUGUUUUUAACAUCAGGAACAUGCUGCUCUGGGGGAGGAUGUAGGGUUAAGCUUUAGCUGAAUCUGUGGCUUCAUGGUGUGACUGCUUUGAAAAAUAAAUACUCUUCAAUAAUAA